AUGGCAGGAACUUCCGAAGCUGAGAAGCCGUUUGACAUUGUCGCGACGUACAAUGAUUUGCUUCGCACAGAUCCGGACCUGACAAUGCCAAUUGCGGCUAUUGAGUCUCUGGUCUUAUUACUCACACAUUCACCGUCCUCCACGAUCUCCGAGACCCUCGAUCUGCUUGAAAAAUCCACCGCACACCUGAAGAAGUCGAUCUCGAACCCCAUCGGUCUGUCCGCCGGAACCGAUCUCUUCCAACGGUACCUGAUCACGACACUCCAAAGGCCCGGCCAGCUGGGACCCGCCGGAGAUUUCAACGCAAUCAGAGCGCACCUCCUGUCAAACGGCCGUCUGUUCGUGCGACGUGCAAAGGAAAGCCGGGACAAGAUCGCCGCGUUCGGACGAGGCUUCGUCCGAGACGGCAGCACGAUCCUGACGAAUGGCGGGUCGCGAGUAGUUGCGUCGUUGCUGCACAAGGCAGCCGCCGAAAAGGGCGGACUCUCCGCAGUCCGUUUCCGCGUGAUCUACGUUCUGUCGUCAGCGAAAGGAGACGUCGAGAACCCGUCUGCGGAGCCAGAGGGCAUGGAAACUGUGCGUAUGCUGCGUGAGAGCGGCGUCCCGGUGGCUACGAUCCCACCGUCCGCCGUUGCAUACUCUAUCGGGAAGGCGGAUACGGUGAUCGUGGGUGCGGAGGGCGUCGUCGAGAACGGAGGCAUCGUGUCGCGGAUGGGGACCUACCAACUCGGCUUGCUUGCCAAAGCCAUGGGGAAGCCUUUCUACGUCGUGGCUGAGAGUCACAAAUUCGUCCGUGUGUACCCGCUGGGGCAAUACGAUCUGCCCAUUGAGCAGCGCGUGAUUGAGUUCAGGACCCAGGAAGAUAUCGCAGAGGCGGAGAAGCAACGGCUGGACGCUAAAUCGUCCGAUGUGCCUGCUAAACCGAGCUCGGAGUACGAUUGCGAGGUGGUGGACUACACGCCACCGCACCUGAUAUCCGCACUGAUCACGGACAGUGGCGUCCUCACGCCAAGCGCAGUCAGUGAGGAGUUGAUCAAGAUCUGGUUCUAG